AUGGUCGCGCUUCUGCAUACAGUGAACAUCCUGCCACUGGUCUUGCGGGCUCGAUCCCGGGCCACCGUGCACCGCCGCGCCGCCAACCUCGCGGUCAUGAAUUUCAUUCCGUUGUGGACGGGCUGGGCCUUCGGGUUCCCAGCGCAUCUUCUAGGCAUCGAUUGGUCGGCGGCAGCCUGGACGCAUCGAUGGGCCGGCCGGAUGGUCAUCAUCCACUCCGUCCUCCACGGAGCGAUUGCGAUCCUGAGUGACGGCCAACCGGCGCAAGCUAUACGACAGCAUUACGUUCCAGUUCUGGCAGCGUGUUCGAUGAUCAUGAUCGUUCCCGUGACGCUGCAUGCCGUGGUUCGCCGUUACCCGCAACAGGCGAUGAAGUGUCACUACCUUUUGGCAGUAACCGGACUGGCGUCGAUGUCCUACCAUGUCUGGAUGCGCCGGUCUAAAAGCCUCUGGUGGUUGGUGGCGGCAGCAGCUCUGUGGAUGUUCCUGAGUCUGGCUUCCUUGGCUGUUCCCCUACGGAGACGCUGGGGCCACGCCUGGCCUUCUGUUGUCGUAUCCCAACACCAUGAGCUUCCCCGUAUGGACAUCGCCGUCCCCUCUGCGUGGAAAGUCGAGGCCGGCCAAUAUGUGUACCUCUGGCUGCCACAGGCAGGCCUGCGAACUGCUAGUCAACUGCCGCUGUUCUAUGUCUCGUCUUGGGAAGAUACGCCGGGGCCCAACGACGCGAGGGCAUCGACUGCGGAACCAGGGGUGGAAUGGAGACAGGUGGGAACAGCGGCAGAACGCGAUGCAGCCGCGCCCACGGUCAGCCAACGGCAUGGAUCGAGAGGGAGGACCUCCUGGAAUACUGCGAUGGGUCACCGAACGCUACGGGUGCUGGCCCGCCCGCAGUCUUCGGCACUGGCGGCGGCGCUCUAUAAUGCCAAGUAUCUCACAAUAUUCCACACAGCGCGCUCGUGCUGGGACCGUACGGGCGACCGCCGGAUCUGGCCCCCUUCGGGAUCGUGCUACUGA